CUCGCCAUUCGCGACAGGCCGCCGCCGUCGCCUCCUCCUCUCCUGCCUCGCCUCGAUGGCCUCCGCCCCAGCUGCCGCCCGACUUGCCGAGAAGAGUGAGAGAGAGAGGAGGAAGAGAGAGGGUGCUGACGUGGCCACGCGGACCUACGUGGGUCCCACGCUGACUCAGCCAUCACAUAGGACGAAACCGGGUUCGAAACCAUCAAAGAACAUAAAGUGAAUGGUUUUUGUAAGUUGAGGGAUGGCUCUAUAUCUGGUUUUGUGGUUGGAUGAUGAUUUUGUAACUCAGAUGACAAGUUGAGGUGCCUUCGGUGUACCUUUUCCAAAAUCUUGUGCUAGUAAAUGGGCCAAAAGGGUAUUCGUAACAGGACGGCCCGGCCCAUAUGCAGGAAGAGGAAUCGUCUUGAUGUCUCCUCAGUCCUCAACCUAAGGAUACAUUUCCCCGUCUCCUCGAGACCUUCGACUGCGGCCCCAAGCGCCGCCGAUCCCCAUCCCAUCCCAUCCAUCCCGCCUUCGCCGCGCCGGAGGCCGCUGGUGUUCGUCCACCUAUUCCCGCCGUAUCGCAUCCAUUUCUGUAGAGCAUUGCCUGUGGGGGACAAAAGUUUCUUUUUUGUUUAAGGUAUUCGGAAUCAAAUCAGUCUCCGGUUCGUAAACGGAUUAGCGAUACAAAAAGAGUGAAGGGAGGGAGGGGCAGAUCCAGAUCGAGAGGAAGCAAAUGUCAUCAGAAAUAAUAAUGUCGUCCAAGAGGCUAUGCAGAGAGUCAGAUGACGAAGACGAACGCCAUUGCAGCAGCAGCACGAACACGAAGAAGAGGGCGUGCAGAGAGUCAGAGGAGGAAGACGAACGCCAUUGCAGCAGCAACAGCAGUACGAAGAAGAAGAGCCUGAAGCUGGGUUUGGUUCCCUUCAGCUCUCACAACCACAACCACAAGCAGCGGCACCUGUACCUGGUGCUGGACGACUGGGAGGCAGGAUACAGCAUCCACAAGGUUGUCGACGACGACUUCGGCGCCCGCCCUGCCGCCGCCGCCGCCAAGCACAACCCGCUCAUCCGCAUCCAGGCGCAGCACGCCUACUCAAGGUUCUUCGCUGCCCACGGCACCAAGAUCAUUGCCAUGCAUCCCGCCAGCUUCAGCCCUGGCAUCCCUGUGUUCGACACCCGGACCCUCGAGAUGGCGGUGUACCCUCCCCCUAAGAGCAGAUCCAUCAUCUGUCCACCCGUGUAUGCCUCCGUCGGCGACAGGCUCGUCACAUUCGUCCACCAAUAUCUCGAGGUGCUGGGGCCCCAUCCACCACGCUCCGCCGCCGUCGACGACGACGAUGAGCCAGAGCCGCCACCGUGGUCCUGGACCACCGUGGAGCCACUCCCGCAAUUCCACUCCGGCCUCGUCACCGGCUACGCCUUGCACCCGGAUGGGCGCACCAUCUUCAUUUCCAUCGAGGAUUGCGUUACGUUUGGCACGCGUAAAUCCACCUUCAGCUUCGACGCGGGGCGCCUCGAGUGGACCCGCGUCGGCGACUGGAUGCUGCCGUUCGAGGGCCAAGCUCACUACGACCGUGAGCUGGACGCCUGGGUCGGGAUCUGCCGCUACGGUGAAGGAACCGGGCAUCUCUGUUGCUGCGACGUCCCUCCUUCGCCCGCCGCCGAUGCUGCUUGUACCACCACCUUGCCUGCCUGGAAGUUUUGCAAGGAGGUGAUGUUCAAGAAGGGCUUCACCGGGUACUGGGGGGCUACGCUCGUGUACAUGGGCGACAGCAGGUUCUGCCUGGUGGAUUGCCGGGUGCCUGAUGACUGUGACGUCCGCACCACCCUCCGUGUGCUCACCAUCACCUCCUUUGGUCUCAAGUAUGAUAAGGCCGGUGAACUGGUCACCACUCGGUACCGUGCUUACGCAUCGAUCUCAUACCAGAUUGCUGGCAAAUUUAAGAGACUCGAGGAUCCUAUAGCAUUCUGGAUGUAAUUUAUUUAUGAUCAUGCAAAACUAGUUAGUAGUAUCAGGUGUUAUUGUCCUACUCAGUUUUAUUAUAUAUAUAUGUGAGCAUGCAAUUUUGGCAUAACCUGUUUUAUAUAUGGUCGCCUUGUCAAUUUGGUCCAUCUUUGUCAGCACUGUGUUUUGCUGUAAACUGCUUUUCCCUCUUGUAGCACAAUGCUUAAAAAACUGGGGGAAAUGAAUCCCUAUAACUUUACAAAGUGAGUUAUGUCUGAUGCCUAAUCAGUACAUUUUGCCCAA